CUGAACGGAAGGAGCGAGAGGCGCGCGUCGGAGGACCCACACGAGAGAGCGGCGUCGCCGUGCCGUCGUUGUAAAUAAAACGAAACGCAGUCGUGACGCGGUCGUCGUUACACGUGGUGCUUAGGGGUGCUACGCAAAAGGGUUUACACACCGAGAGGAUUUCGCGCAGGAUUUCCGGUUCGCCGGCGUCGUCCUCGGGAACGGACACGACUUACGAUCGCGAGAUAAUAGCGGACGGCUCCAAAAAUUACUUGAUGCGCUGAGGAUGCGCCGUGAUUUCUGCAACGGUGGGCUUGCCUGCGCCGUUGUGUGGGUGUCAUCGACUUGUCUGCUGCUCGUCCUCUCGCUAUCGACAUCGACUUCCGCCGAGCCGUUGCUGAGAGCCGCCGGUCGAUGUCCAGCCCUCGUCGAACAGAACGUGUGUCCAUCGAGGGCACCGGCCUGUAAGAAUGACUACCAAUGCCAAGGCACACCGGAGGAACGCUGCUGCCAGACCGCGUGCGGCUUCCGCUGCGUCGCGGGCGAGUUAACCGGAUGCGAACAGCUGGCUUUGGCGGCUGUGAGGAGGUCGCGGGCCCUCGGCGCCCGGGGCCCCUCGCAGUUCGUGCCGCAAUGCAGCAACGUGACCGGCGAGUUCGAGAGGAUACAAUGCGAGCCGCAAGGCCGCAGCUGUUGGUGCGUCGACGAGAUCGGCGCCGAGAUACCCGGCACCAGGGCGCCCAGCAAGGAUGUCAUCGACUGCGACAAGCCCCGGAACUGCCCGGCUCACAGCUGUCGGAUGCUCUGCCCCUUGGGAUUCGAAAUCAAUGAGGUCACCGGCUGUCCCAAAUGCGAGUGCAGGGAUCCCUGUCGCGGCGUUACCUGUCCGGGUGCCGGACAGACGUGCGAGCUAAUCGCCGUGAGUUGUUUUCGGGAGCCGUGUCCCCCGGUACCCAGCUGUCGGAAGACCAGAUCCUUAUCGACAAUCUGUCCGGCAGGCGAGCCCUUGCAGAUCACCGAUUCGCCGCGGCCGUUCCUCUGCGGCGACACGCCAGGUAAACCAACUUGUCCGCCGAUGUACAGCUGCCUGGUGGAGCCCAAACAGGAAUACGGGGUCUGCUGUCCGUCCAGCGUGAAGCUACAACGACCCGGCACGUGCCCCGCAGAAGAGUCGACGACGGGCUCGUGCGGGCCCACUUGCCGCUACGACCUCGAGUGCCCCGGGCCCCAAAAGUGCUGCAGCAACAAGAAUUGCGGCGGUAACGUGUGCACGAUACCCCGAGACCUCAGCGCGUGCCAUCGUGACCGCAUGCUUGCCGAGAUACUCAGCGUCUCCGAGCGCCAGGGUCGCGGCUACAUUCCGCAGUGUAUGGAAGAUGGAGGUUACGAGACGAGGCAGUGCUCGAGAAACGGCCUCGUCUGCUGGUGCGUGGACGAUGAGGGUAGAAAGAUAUCCGGCUCCAUGGGUCCCGCCGAGAAGAUUGAUUGUAGAUCGAUAAGCAAGGCGCGUUCGCUCCCGACAUCUUGCACGUCUCAGCAGUGCGCUCAGGUUUGCCAGUACGGCUUCAAAACGGACGCUUCCGGUUGUCCGACAUGCGAAUGCGAUGAUCCGUGCGAGGGAUUUCCAUGCCCUGAGGGACAAGAAUGUGUCCUGAAGCGGGAGAAUAACUGUCCCGAUUUUCUCUGUCUGACAAAACCGGAAUGCAAACCUAAAAAGACUUAUAAGAGCCCCUGCAUCCUCGGGACACCGCUGAUCGAUCAAGACGGAAACGCCGCGACAUGUUCCGCUAACGAAACUUGCCCCGACGGCUACAAGUGCACAAUGGUACUGGAAGCCGGUCGAUCGGUGUGCUGUAUGGAAACGACAAGCCCCGCAAAGGCACCUACAAUGUGCGAGUAUCUUCGGGAUUUUAACGAUCGUAUGGAAGGUACGAGGGAGGGAAUGUCCUUGGCAAUCCCGGCGCCUCAGUGCGAACAGGACGGCGGCUACAAGUCUCUGCAGUGUCACAACGGUACGAGCUGCAAAUGUGUGAAUCACCGCGGGGUGAUCUUGAAGACCGGACUGGACCCGGCCGCCUCGGCUGACUGCGAAGCCAUCAAGGAACUCACGCGGAUCUGCAAACGUCUAUACUGCAAUCUGAUUUGCCCGUACGGUUACAAGGUAGACGAAGCCGGUUGCGAGCAGUGUCGUUGUCACGAGCCAUGCCGCGAUGUCACCUGCGACCCUCACGAGACCUGCACGAUGAUCGAUGUAAACUGCGGUCCGAACGAGUAUUGUCCAGCAGUACCAGCGUGUCUCACGACCAAGCCGGGUCAGUGUCCGUAUCUCGUGCCGAGUUCAUCAAGCUGCGAGCUGCAGUGCAGCAACGAUCAGGAGUGCCCGUCCGGCGACAAAUGUUGCUCGACCGGCUGCGGCACGCAAUGCGUGGCGCCGGUCAUGGCUACGGCCUGUCAGCAUGCUCGAGCGGUCGCCGAGCACGCCGCCAGGGAAUCAGGCGAACCCGCGAGGAGGAUCUAUAUACCCAGGUGCGAUGCCGAUGGCGCGUUCGAGCCGGUGCAAUGUCACAACGGUAUGUGCUGGUGCGUGGACGAGGAAGGCAAGGAAGCGGCGGGUACUCGGGUCCUCGAAGGGGUCGUGCCGCGCUGCAACACGCCCUUGAGAUGCCCGGAAAUCGACUGCAAGCUCGACUGUCCGGAUGGCUUUGAGCUGAACGCAGACACCGGCUGUCCGACGUGCUCGUGCCGCGACCCAUGUCGCAGCGUGACGUGCCGCGGCGAGAACGAGGCGUGUCGCAUGGUGGAGGUCGCGUGUAGCGCGCCGCCCUGUCCUCCGGUACCGGUCUGCCUGCCGAAGAAGGACAAUCCCUGUCCGAACAGCUCGCCGUUGCUCGAUCAAAACGGCUCGAUCGCAAUCUGCGGCCCGCACGGCCGUCACUGCCCGUCGACGCACAAGUGCGAGCUGUCGCCGCUGGACGAGUACGCGGUGUGCUGCCCGAAACCGCGCGAGGUCUGCUUCGAGCCGCCCCGAAGAGUGCCCUGCAAUCCGAGCGCGGGCUUCAACGAGACCGAGAGAUGGUUCUUCGAUCCGGAGCGCAACGAGUGCCGGCGUAAGCACGAGUGCACCCUCGGCCACAACGACUUCUCCAGCCGGCUGGUGUGCGACACCGUGUGCCCCGUGCUGUCGCAGUGCGAGAGGCUGCGCGAGAAGAACCUGAAGCGGUCGCAGCGACUCAAGCAGCCCACGUUCCUGCCCAAGUGCAAUCCCGACAGCGGCACGUGGGAACCGGUGCAAUGUCUGGAGCACGUCGGCGUCUGCUGGUGCGUGAAUCGUAAAGGCCAACCGAUCAAGGGCUCGCUCACCCGGACCGCCGAGCCCAAGUGCAACUUUCGGCAAGCGAGACGAGGCGGCAGAAGACCGGAGUCGCAGGAGAUAGAUCGUGAGAUUCAAGCGAUCAUGGAGGACGCUCUGCUGAACUUGGAAACGGACGAACGGCAAGUGGGAAAGAUCCUCGGGACCAGGUGCCAGGCGAUGAAGGACAAAGGUCACGUGCCGGCGAUAUGCGACCCGCAGGGUAGAUUCGAGCCCACACAAUGCGCCGGCGACACGUGCUGGUGUGUAGACGAAGCCGGCAAUCAACUGAUUGGAUCUGAGCCAUUUUUGAAGGGAACGAGCAUUUGCCUGCCGACUCCAGUCGAGGCUGUCGACGUGACGUUACGCUUCCCCGGUCGGUUCCUCGCCAGCGACGAGACGCGAUUCGUCCGAGAGGCCGAGAAUUUUUUGCGCGAGCUCGGUGCGAGACUCCGGAAAGACGUGCGAGUGGAAAUCAAUCAGGAUUCGGCGAUCUUGAGCUUCGAGAUCGUUGGCGCGAACAAGGUGGACGUGGCGUUCCACCUGGAAGAACUCACGCGAAUCCAGAAGUUAUCCAUGCUGGGCUCGUCCGCGGACGCGACGACUUCGCGUUUCACGCAUCGCUCCACACCCGUGGCAACACAGAGCCGGAUGGUCGCGUUGGAACAACGUGAGAUCCUCACGCAAAUGGAAACGCCGUUUUAUCAAACGGCCACAAUCGUCCUCGCCGCGAGUAGCGCCUUCGUCAUUAGCAGCCUCGUCAUUCUCCUGAUGCUGUACCGCAAGAAAAUGAAGCUAAAGGAUCCCGCGAAGACGUUUUCCAUGGACCAACACUUUCUCGCUUAUAGCCAACAGCCGGUUUACGUGAUAUCAAGAGCAGAGCAGAAUGAAAAAGAAAAGGAGACAGCGGCGCAGCAGAUGCUGGAGAACAUUCAUACGUCGGACACCAUCGUCGGAGCAUAAAACGAUUCAACGCUUUUUACAUAGGUAAUUCCCACCUUGUACGACAGUGAUUCUUAAAUUUCUUUUUCCAGGAGUACUCAAAGUAGCGAUUUAGAUGGAGAGUAUAAUAUAUGGGUAUAAAGGGACGCGUCGGAUCCUUCGAAGUACGUGUCUUUGCCAUUUCCAAGGAUAAUAAACUCUCUUGCACGGCAAUUCUUCAAUUCUUGCGCCUUUCUUUAUUUCUAAAUUCUUUUUAUCUUUACGGGACGGAUAAUAUAAUCGGUAAGGGAAUAAUUUCUCGUAAAAGGAUAUGUCAAAAAUGUAGAAAAAGAUUUCUCAACAUAUGAGUCUUCGUUUUCGAAAAAUGUUUGUUUAAAAAAAAAUUGAAUAAUUAGGAAUAUAAUUAUGCUUUCACAACAUUGAAUGUCUUUAAACAUCUUAUGUCAAGUAGCCGAAUUUGUUCUCAACUGUCAGUCUCGCGACAGCGGCUAUUAAUAAACAGAGGCUCAAGAAUUAGAAGUGCAACUGGAAACGCGAAUUAAUGUCGUACACGGUAUAGUAUACAUCGUAGUCAGAACAAUGUCAUGUAUAUCUCACUGUCAGUCUCGCAUUAAUUUAUUGUCCACACGAGAUUCAUCGUUACGGACCAUAGACUUGACGAUCAAACAAAUGCGAUACUUUUGGAUCCGGUGUUCAUUAAUCAACUUUAUAGAUUAUACAUAAGACCGUAAAUUCUAUAUAAACAGCUAUUAAGACAUAUCUGAUAUUCAUCAUUCUGGUACUGUAAUUGUAUGAAUCGUUUGUGAAUUUACUUAAGCGAUUCUGAUACAGGAUCGAAAGAUAUAAUCCACGCUUCUCUAAGGUAAGAUGUAAGAUAGUGAUUCUUUUGCUAAAUCGGAAACGUUUACUCGCGAAUGACGAGUUUAUCGAUGGACAUUAGUUUGAUCGUCGAGGAACUAGGUAUGGGAAUUGAUUUUAUUAUUUUCAUUGGUAUUUGUCUUCAUUACCUCUUUGAUGUGGGAGUCAUUAACGCAAGGUUGCCCCUCGGGGUCUGAAAAUCUCGAGGUGCAGAAUGUCAUUACGUUAAUACGUCGCACGAUUGUAAAUAGAUUAUUAUAUUUAUAGAUUUAUACUGUGUUCGAUUAUUUAUAUAGAUGAAUAAAGAUCGGAAUUCUUCUGUUUUCCAAUAAAAGAUUGUUCCCAUAAAUUCCAUUCCUCCUCUACCAUAUUAAGAUAAGUCAAAUUGAAAAACAGUCAAAAAAUUUUUUUAGAAACAUGAUUUCUCUCAAAUUUUUCAGUCUUCUAUUCUUUCAUGCAGUAAAUAUUUAUUUAUUAAUAAAUACAAAAUAAAAACUUCAUUGUCCGCAAUUAAAUUUUCAAUAAAAUAAAUAAAUAGAUAAUGAUCAUAUGUAACUGUAUUGUAUUGUAACCAUGUCGAUAGCUUGAUAUUAGCUGUUUAUCGAUGAAUGUUUCCAAUCGUGAACCUGGAUGUAAUAAUUAA